AAAGUUAAAACUAAGAACCUGUAUUAUAUCAAUCUGUUGGUAAAAUUAGUAUAUUUGUCUAGUUUCAAAGUUUUUGAGCUCGCAUGAAGUUACUCGUAACAUAUUUUUGAACUGUGAGUAGAUUGAUGCUAAUGCAACUCUUAAUAAGCCAGAAUUUAUAUGUACCCGCUGUUUAUAUGUAUUUAUAUGUACCCGCAAUGGUAACAUUUUAAUUUUUAUUUAUUUGUCGCUGGAAGAAACUAGUAUUUAUUAUACAUGCUCGGCGUAGUUUAGAUACUAAUGGUAAAAUCUCUGAAAUAUAUGCUGCGUAUUUAAUAAGAAUGAAAAAGUUUAUGAGAAUGACUAAAUAUCGACUCAAUAAUUUAUUAAUAAAUUAAUAGUAGUGGUAUAUUUUAUCCACAAGUGGAUAGGCAAAGGUACGAGACCAUACAGCCUAUUAAUAAAUUAAUGUCUAAAAAAUACUGUGCGCUAACGUAAACAUUUGACAUAAAUUUGACAGUGAGUGGUGAUCUUCUACGACAAUGUAGAAGUUGCAAUUGACUGAAAAACUAAUCUGUGUUGUGUGCAAUACUGUGAAUUAAAUAAAUAAACUAUUACGGAAGAAAUAUUACUAUUAUGGCUAAAUCUGUAGAUUUGGAGUUAAAGAAAGCUUUUACUGAUUUGCAAAUCAAAAUGGUCGAUACAAGAAAAAUUCAUUUUAUUGAUUCACAAAUAGAAUUACUUAAACGGUGUAUGCAUCAUGUAGACAUUACUCAAUGUGCCAUCAGUUGCUAUCCACCUGGAGCAAAAACUUAUGAAUCAGUGGGUAGGAUGUUCCUUCUUACGGAUUUAGAAGAGGUUAAAAAUAAUCUUAAAAAUCGAGAUACACAGUUAACAAAACGUGCCAGUGACUUCCAAAAAAACAAGGAGUAUUUAGAAAACAAUUUAAAAGAAAGCGAAGACAAUAUUAGAGAAAUGGUUCAGCAACGGAGAGUGCAAAGCGAAAAAACUAAUUAAGGAAUUCAAAAUACAUGUAAAGAUUAAGGUUGCUAAUAAA